AUGACUACCGUCACUGCCCCUGCGCCCUGGAUCACCAGCAGCCAGCAAUGCACUCUCGAGACCUGCCCCCUUUCGUUAGCUCACAUUGACUACCUCCCCAACCUGGGCGGCAAUGCAUUCUAUAUUGCUCUUUUUGGCCUCUUCAUCCCUGUACAGGUCUACCUCGGCGUCCGUCAUAAGACAUGGGGAUACCUGAUCGGGGCUAUCUGCGGCCUUAUCCUUGAGGUCCUGGGGUACAUCGCCCGAAUUUAUAUGCGCCAUAACCCCUUCAUUGACCGCUGGUUCAUCAUGUACCUCGUGUGCCUGACCAUUGCCCCAGCUUUCCUCAGCGGCGCCAUCUACGUCUCUCUUGCCCGGAUCGUAGGCGCCUAUGGCUCGCAACUCUCGCGCCUUAAGCAACGCAGCUACUCCCUUAUCUUCAUCAGUUUCGACAUCAUCUCCCUCCUGCUCCAAGCCGCCGGCGGCGCCAUCACUACCUCCAAUUCCGCCUCCACAGUCCAAUCUGGAAUCAAUAUCAUGAUCGCCGGUCUCUCGUCCCAAGUCGCCUCCCUAACUCUCUAUAUUGUCAUCUGUCUCGACUUCGCCUUCCGCGUCUACCGCCUCACAGCCAGAAACCCUUCCGCGCUGGCCUUCCGCAUGACCCAUACCAAGCGCGAAUCCGACAGUCCGGACCUCGUCAACGGCGCCACCGCUGCCGGUACGGAUCUUAUCACCAUGAACCCAGAAUUUGCGUCACUGAGGUCGAGCCGUCGCUGGAAGGGGUUUCUGUUCUGCCAGGGGCUGGCGGUGGUGUGCAUCUACGUUCGGAGUUGCUUUCGGGUGGCCGAGCUGUGUGGCGGGUUCAGCAGUAAGUUGGCGAAUGAUCAGACGACGUUCAUGGUGCUGGAGGGGAUGAUGAUCUCCAUCGCGGUGAUUGCCAUGAGCACGUGGGGACAUCCUGGAAUUGGGUUCAAUGGGAGGUGGGAGUCAUUGAAUUACCCCAUGUUUCAGAAGAAGGGAAGGUCCAAUGUAUGAGUGUGUAUGAGUGGCGAGAAUACUCUCAUGACAAGGGCAGAGGGAUGGAUUUUCUUUUGUUUUUCAACGAUGCAUGCAUUGGUUUGGGCUGGGCUUUCUUUCUCUUAGAUCUAUUGGGCUG